AUGCCGGCUCGUAUAGCUCGAAUACCCCUCCGCGCUCAAUGGGCCUGCGCCUCCGCCUCUACUACACCCGCCAAUGGCAGGACAGGCAAUCUCUGCAUUCGUCCUCUCUCCUCCACGGCCACCACCCAGGCCCUCGGUCCGCAGUCACCCAACUACAUUGAAGUGCCCCAGCCUGCACAGCCCUCCUACCCAGCCAAGCCAGCAGUCAAGGGUCAUCUCCCCGUUCCACGAGAUAUAUUCAAGACUCGCAACAUUCAUCCCAAGCAAUCAAAGAUAUUCCUCGAUCGAACCACCAAAACACCAAAGGAUCUGAAGCGGCCUGGGCCGUACAGUAGAGAUGCGGAUCUCCGCUUGUAUAAGCAGAGACUUUCGGAGAAGAGGAGGGAAGCUCUGAGGGAGGGUGUCAAGCAACUCCAUGAGCGCAAGGUAGCCACCGAGGCAGAGUACCUGGCUAAGAUCCAGGCUCAAGGUGCCUCUAGGCGGGAAGCUGCCAUGGCUCCACGCCGCGAAGUUGACGUCUUGACCGAGACCUCGGUCAGCAAAGGUAUUCGAGAUUUCUUGUCCGGGAACCUCCCUCCACGCAAAGACAUCACCGAGGCUCGCCGGAGAGCCUACGAACGCCGCAUGGCCAAUCUGCAUGCAAUGCGCACAUUGCGUUUGCACGACCUCUACACGAAUGCACGCGAGUUUAUCGUGGACGAAUCACAACUGGACGAGGCCAUUGACAAGGCGUUUGGUACCGAAGAAUCGCCCUUGGGCUGGGAUAUGAAGGGCAUCAUGGGCCCACGCAGAGAGAGCAAGGAGGGUUUCAGCCCAUGGCAUGGCCCUAUGCCUGAGGGAGUGGGCGACAUGCUGCAGAAGCUUAGAGGCGGGGAGGGCGUUGGUCUUGCCAAGGAGAGGGUCAAGAAGGUUGCCGAGGAGCUUACGGGCGGUAAGAUGUAG